UUGUCGAAAAUCCCUUUUUCCCCCGUUGCCGCUGUGAUCGUCGAACCCCCUCAAUCCCACCAACCUUGGAGCGCCGCGCUUGCAGGCCGCAUAAACCGAGUGAGCUACAAACACAACCGGCUCCCAAGCUUCAGCAGGCUGUGGGGUCAGGUAUGAAUCUCUGCAGCCCCCAUCACCCAGUGACGACUUUAGCCGCCGGGACAUAGUUAGACCAUCGAUUUAAUCCACCAAAUUCCCACUAUGCAUCAUGGGAAGAAGGGCGAUAUUCCAGCCAUCGACGGUUUCGAAGAACUGGUGAGAGCUUCGCGGGGUAGGUGGGCCAGAGAGGCGAGGUGCGCUUUUUAUAGUAAAGCCCUCGGUGGACGCGAAAGAUGGGGGAGGUCUAUUUCCCUGCCCAGUGACGUCCGAUACAGCUGUUCAUGCCAUGAUUCUGGGCUGCAAGUCGGUAACACGUCUGGUAACGCUUUCAAACCCCCUUUGGCUGUUCACCUCGAAAGCGAGCAAUCGGCGGGGGUUGUAGGGGGACACCGCAGGGAGAAGUGAAUCUCCUUUUGUCCCUGUCUUCCUCAGCUUCCAGUAUCCUCUCGCAGCGGCUCAAACCAGUGUUGUGAGAGAAUAGCAAUGGGAAGAGCGAGGUUUGUUCCCUCACAAUCCACGCAGGUGAGUUGGAUAGCGGUUUCGUUACUUUCGCGACACUUGUUGGAAAGUGAUUUGACCGAGAAGGGACAGCGUUAUGUGUGGAUUAGAUCGCUGGUUUGAUGUAUUUGUUUUAGGUUAUUAGUGAGUUUACCAGGAUAGACGUUAUUAGUGAGGCAAUUAGAGUUUACCAGGAUAGACGUUACCGACUUGAAGAUGCGUGGCCAUCUGUUGCAAACAAGCUAAUCAGAUUUUAUUUUUGAAAAACUGAGAAUUAUUUGAGCAGUUGAAAAGAACUGGUGAUUUUUCUCUUUCAUCUAGAUUUUCUUCCACAGACCUAGAAAUUCGCGGUUUUCACUUGCUCUGAGGACUGUUUUCGAACCUGAAGUGGUUGGGAGGAGGGAGGAAACGAGGAUUUUUCGAAAAUGAGUUCUCAUGGCAGAGGCGGCUUCCAGGCCUCAAAAUGCAAAACUCAACUUCGAAUGGGAUCCUCUCGAAUGAAGAGAUUCUGCAACAAAAAACUUGACUGCAUUGCAGAUACUGGGAAAGAAGUUGCCGGCUUAUUGAAGGCCGGUAAUGAGGACAGUGCUCGAUCACGGGUAGAGGAAAUCAUUAGGGAGAAGAAUCUUAUUGAAGCUUAUGAAUUGCUUACUGCGUGUGCCGAACGAAUAUCGAGUCAAAUGUCGAGCAUCGAUUCUCAGGAGACCUGCCCUUCAGGCAUUAAGGGUGACAUAUCAACCUUACUAUAUGCAUCCUCUAAGCGCACUGAGCUAGUGGAUUUUUCCCAGCUCCAUCCUAUGUUUGUAGAUAAAUAUGGUGAAGAGUUUGUAACAACCGCAAUUGAAUUGCGCCAAGGGUGCGGGGUGGAUGUGAAGGUCGUUGAGAAGCUAUUAGUGAAUCCUGUGACAGAAGCAGCAAAGUUCAAGGUAAUGAAAGAAAUAGCAUCUGACCAUAAUGUGGAGUGGAAUCCAGCUCCUGGUCUGGUGGCACCGGCGACCAUGUCGGCAGGCCCAAUCGAGGAUCUUCAAUCAAGUUCAGUGGGCAGUGGUGGCCUUAACGGAGAAGCUCCUCUUCCUGAUUCUUCUGGUCGAAUAAAAUCGAAGCAAGAGGAUCUUCGAGCAGGUUCAGUGGGCAGUAGUGUCCAGAGUAGAGAACCUCCUCCUGUUAAUCCUCGCGAAGGAAUGCAGGCGAGCUCAGAGGAGCGUCGGACAGGUUUAGUGUACAGCAGGGUCCCGAGCAAAGAAGCUCUGCUUCCUAAUCCUCCUGGGAAAAUGCAAGCGAGACCAGGUUCAACGGGCAGUAGUGUUCGGACAGUUUCAGUAGCCAGUGGUGACCCAAGCAGAGAAGCUCCUCCUGGUAAUCCUGCCGGAGGAAUGCAUGCAAGCUCAGAGGAGCGUCGGACAAGUUCUUUGAGCAGUAGUGACCCUAGCAGAGAAGCUCCUCUUGCUAAUCCUCCUGGGAGAACACAAGCGAGACCAAGUUCAAUGGGUAGUGGUGCUCCAGGCAGAGAAGCUCCUCUUGCUAAUCCUCCUGGGAGAAUGCAAGCGGGGUCAGAGGAUUCGUUCAGCGAUGACAUUCGCGUCGAUUCGAACUCAAGGAAAAUGGAAGGUCAAUCCAGCUGGAAUUCAAGGCGAGAAUCGGAUAUUUUUCCUGCUUCCUCAGUGCAUCAAUUUGUGGAUACCUCAAGGCGUCACUCUGGUGGUAUGAUUGGGAAAAAUAGUUCUUGGGAUCAGACUGGUUCGGCGAAAUAUGUCGGAGGUGAGAGUUCUUUGUACGAACAGAAGGAAAAUGAUCACACGGAGAAUUUGGGUGCUGAAGGAAAAGGUGUAAAUAGAAGUAAAGCAACCCAUUGGUCAGAUCGUAUUUCUCAUGAGGAUGAUUGGGUAACCAAUAUCAAGACUACAUCUGGUCCCGACGGAAGCCUUAAAAAACCUGCAGAUAAGCAUGAGGGAUCAGGACGUGAUUCUCCAAAUAGCAAACCUGUUGGUACAUCGCAGAAAGCUCAUUCAGUGCAUGGUUCGGAAGGCAGCGACCGGAGAGUUGGUAUUGUUGGAAAGUCCGAGGCAAGAUUCGACAGCCCUCGUGAUUCUCCAAAUAGGAAACCUGUUGGUGCAUCUCAGAAAGCUCAUUCAGUGCAUGGUUCGGAAGGUAAUGACCGGAGAGUUGGUAGUGUUGGAAAGUCUGAAGCAAGAUUCGACAGCCCUCGUGAUUCUCCAAAUAGGAAACCUGUUGGUGCAUCUCAGAAAGCUCAUUCAGUGCAUGGUUCGGAAGGUAAUGACCGGAGAGUUGGUAGUGUUGGAAAGUCUGAAGCAAGAUUCGACAGCCCUCGUGAUUCUCCAAAUAGGAAACCUGUUGGUACGUCGCAGAAAGCUCAUUCAGUGCAUGGUUCGGAAGGUAGUGUUGGAAAGUCCGAAGCAAGAUUCGACAGCCCUCGAAAACCUGUUCUUAAUACGGAGUAUAGGUCUUCAGAGUCUGGAGAUGAAGUGGAUGAUCGUGAUCGUAACCGAAGGAUCGCCAAAGGAUCAAGAUAUGCACAUAAAAAGAAAAAUUCUUUUCCCCGUUCUGAUUAUGAUGACUAUCGUGGGAAAGGACAGGUUGGAGAUGACUUAGGAUAUUCUGAAGUUCCAAGGAACAGUAGGGACCCUACGUCAAUGCGAGAUAGGAAGGAGAGAGACAGAAACGGACGAGCUGCAGACGACCAGAUGGGUCCCCGUCCAGUGCGCCAGGGGAAGGAGGGUGUGGAGUUGGAUAAGCGGCAGAGUUUUCCGAUGGAAAGUGUGGAGCGCGACAAAUACUCAGCAACCCGACAUCGUGAUGAAUUUGAUGUCCUUCCACGCACCGGGAGCUCAUCUGGGCGACUAGUGGCAGUUAGGCCAGACGAGGAUCGUUCAGACAAGAGUCGGGGUUCCCGACAGCAGAACUCAUAUGUAGAUAGGUCUAAGCAGUACCUUGAGUCUGAUGACUUUUCCAGUUCUGAUGAUGACGAACUUCGCUCCACCAAAAAUACUUCACCGGGAAGAGACAAACCAGGUCCACAGGCAAAGCUUGGAAGGCAUGGAGAAUCAUCUCAUUCUAAUAAUGGGCGUGUGCCAUCACACAAAUCUACUGGUUCUGCGCAAGGGUCGAACCCGCCAGCAGUGGCUACUCCGAAGGAAUCUGAAAGAAAGCCAGAUAAUGAGCCCCGAGCUAAACCCACGUAUCUCAAACCUCCAAACAUGGAUGAUUUAAUUCGAAUCUUCGGUAAAAGGUAGGCGGAUAACUAAUUGAGUGUAACAUAUGAAACAUCUGGCUUCAGUCUCAUGGUGCGCCUUGAGUAGGCACUAGCUUUGACGCCCUGUUUGGAGUACAACCUAGGGUACUAAUUUCUACAGCUGCUACAGCUCUAACUUUACCUUCGCCAUGGUCUUUCAUUAUUUUGCAUCUAUUUUUGAAGUCCAGAGAGAAGGAAACAACCACGGAUCAUCAGCACGAGGUGGCUGGUGGUUCUCGAGGUUAUUCGGUCAAUAAAAACCGCAGCCGUGUCUAUGAGUUCGGGCCUGUUGGUUGUCAUUAAACGUAGACGAUUUCUCUAUGUGUUUCAUAGAAAUUGACGUUGUGGAUCCCUUUCUCAGCUUUACUCGGCCUCAAUCCAUGUCUAGUAUCAAAUGAUCAAUACCAAACAAGGCUAUUCUUGAUCACAA